UGAAAGCAAGGAAACAACUGGCCCAAAAAAAGCAACCUCACAAUGUUCCAAAUCACUUCAGAAGAAAAUAACUGCCAGCAAAGUGGUUGAAUUGCUGCAGGAGGAAGAUGAAAGGAAUCUAACUUCACAAACAGUCCUACAAGAUUGCCUGGUCUUUUAGACAAUAUUCACAAAGAUCAGAAGUGUUUGUCCAAGAAGAGAUGUUGGGUUUCUGAUAGCCCUGCAUCAAGCUGCAGUACUGUGGAAAGACAAACUGCGUCUAUGAAAUAUGCAUUCCAACAAGAUGAUCGGAUUAUCAAGCACCAAGCAUUUUGCUCAAUAUUUGAUGAAAAAUCACCAAAGGAGGAUGAUCAGAAUAAACUUAAAAACUCAAAAAAUGAAGCUUUGGAGAUGCAGCUGGAAGGCAAAUUAGAGAAAGUGACCCCAGGAGGAAUGCAUGAAAGAAGUGGAACCCGUAUCAAAGACAACUACAAAAAAACAAAAUUCACAGAAAAUAUGGCUUCUGAAAUGGAUAAAUUCAGAUUGGAUGAGAUCUGCUAUAAUAUUGGUGAAAAGCAGAACACUCCAAAUAGCAACAAGAGUUCCAAAAGACACAAAGCAGAUUUAAUGUGCAAGAAUCAGCCAAAAAAGAGGGAAUGUGACAUUAAAGAAAACACAGUUACUGAAAAAAUGAUCAGUAUAAUUGCUGCAAAAUAUACAAAUGAGACAAAAGAAAAGCACUUGAAUAAAGAAGUACCUCAUUGCACUAGAUAUCGACUGGAUGAAUUACAGGAUAAAAAGCUGCAAAAGAAUUUGAAAGAUGAGAAACGGACAUGGAAAAGGCAAAAGGGAGGAAUAGCCUGCAGUGUGAAUUUGAAGAACAAAAUGGAAGAUAGUGCACUUGAUGUCUACAGUUUUGAUGACAGCUUCACAGCUGAACCCACUGUAUCACUGGGGAUGCAGGACAAGGAAAUGCCUCAACAAACUUGUUCAAAUAAAAGAAAAUCCAAGAAAAUGAAUAUGAAACAUAAACCUACAAAGAAAGAAGAAAUACAUAAGUCUGUAGGUAAAGUAAAUAGAAAACACUUCUUUACUGACACUGACACGGACGGCAAAACAGAGAUCAGUUGGUUGCAACAAUCUAAUAGAAAGACAAAGCCUGAACUACUGGCCUACAGCAGACAAAGGAAGCGAAAUAUGGCUGAUAAUUUAGGCAAAGGAAGAAUAACCACAACUGUUAGGACUGACUGUGGGAAGAAAUCAAAAGAUAAGAAGCAGAAUCCCACUGAAAAGAUCAAUUUAAAAGAAGUCCCAGCUGAAAAGAAACAAAGAAAUUGUCCGCAAAGGUCAGCUGCAAUGCAAAAGUCUUACAAAGAAGUUUCAGAAUCUGCAUCUGAUAGCUACGGAGAAUCCCUGAGUCUGUCGCGUCAUAGAGAAAGAGAUUUAAUCAUGCAAGUGCCUGCUAAGAAGAUUUGUACAAAUGCCAAGGAGAAAGCAAUCAUGUUAGCUGAUUAUGAGCAACAGAAUGAAACAUCAGAAGCUUCAACAGUAGUAUCAUAUGAAAAUACGUCAGCUGAGAAGAUCAGAUAUGAGAAGGCAUGUGAGUCAGAGGUUUUAACAAGAUCUUCCUCUCUAGUGGAAUCUCUGCCAUCCACUCACACUGAUUCAUCAGCAGAACCAUUACAAUCUCCUCAUCUUUCAAUGGUAGUCACAAAUCCCUGCAAAUUUUCAAGAAAUGUUGUGAAAACAGCAACCCCACUGUCAUCACCAGACUUUUCAGCUGCAAAGGCAACCUUCACCUCUGGUUUUUCAGCCAUCAUAAGCCCAAUCUCUCUGGUUACUCCAUUGUGUCCAGAAAUAAAUGAAAACGAUGAAAAUGCUCAGCAAGAAUUAGUUAAACCAAAGAAUCCAGAUGAAGAUAUCAUUACAAAUAAGAGUCAGUCUUCUGAGAAUUCAUUUGCCACUACAAGGUCACCAAAUAACUUUACACUGAGUUCUAUAUUGAGCAAGAAAGCAUCUGCUGAGGAAACCCCAUCAAGAUCAACUAUUCUUAAAAAGAACAGAAGAGGAGAGAAGGAUAGAGUUCCUUCAGCUGAAGCACACACAUCAGGUCCAACGCGCCAUUCCUCUGUAUUCAAACGCAUCUGUGGAAAAAAUCUUCAAAGUGAUUUUUCUGAUGUUGAGGAAGAAGAGGGAUCAACAGAGCAAAGAGCAAAGCUAGAACCUAGAAGACUAUUUAGUUUUGACUUUGGAAGGCCAAACAGAGGUUACAGGGUUGACGAUGUUGCUGACAUUCAGGAGGAAGAAGUAAUCAGAUGCUUUGCCAUUUCGUCACGUGAGGAAAGGAGUUUGAUGUUGGAGAUGGAGAAGAUGUUGGGGACAUUGCUGGUUAUGGAGAGGAGAAGGGAUUUGAAGACAUUGUUAAUUUUAUGCAUAAAUAGCAAUGUAGAUAGGAUUGGAGAACAGAUUGAAGGUGUUUGUGGUGUUUGGGGAAUAAUGAAGGGAUUGGAAGCUCUGCUACUUGAAGAAGGAAUCCGUAACACUGCUGAUGUUGGAGUUAGGAAAGAGAGAUUAUAG